CUGCUAUCUUCCAUUAAGAGUGCAGUGUAACGUUAACUUACUGUCCGUGCUGCAGGAACACACAGGUGCUGAUUUAAAAACUUUGAACUCUGCUCUUGAUAGAGAAGCUGAACUUCGAACUGUCAGUUUAGAUACAAGACCAGCUAACUCUGCUGUAGAGUUUCAUAUCUGGUAAAUAUUUCAAAACCUGGGUACAUAAACUGAAGUUAUCUGCAUUUCCAGUAAAACACUAAGUGAAAGAGCAAAGUGCCUUAUUUCCCUGCUCGGUGAACCCCUUCAGUCUGAACACAAGAAGAUGGCUGAUAAAGUGGCUGACUUUCCCAGUGGCCCGCUGGAUAUCUACAGGAACAAAGCGUCCUUCAACUGGAAGGACAUGCUCUGCUUCUUGGACGGAGAGGAAAUCAUUGCAUUCAAGCAACAUGUGUUCAAAGCACUUGAAAAUGACCCUCUGUUUGCACGUCGGCCCGGUGAAGACGUCCCUCUCGAGAAAAUGAGAGAGCUGACCUUCUUCAGGUUAAAGCAGCUCUUCCGCUACAACUUUCUGACAAAAGAAGAGGUGCUGGCUAACCCCUGGAAGGGUGUGAUUCUCAAUAGUUGCCUGGGCAUGUAUGACUGUGCCUUGGCGGCCAAGUAUUAUCUCAACAAAGAGAUUUAUGGAUCAACUCUCGCCAACUUAGGAUCAAGGAGACACAGCAACUAUGUUGAAAACAGUCAAGACAUGACGAUGUUUGGAUGCUUUGGAAUGACUGAGCUGAGCCAUGGCAGCAACACCAGAGCCAUGAGGACCACAGCGACCUUUGACCCCUCCACCCAGGAGUUUGUGAUCAACACUCCGGACUUUGAGGCCGCCAAGUGCUGGGUGGGGAACAUGGGUAAGACUGCGACCCACGCUGUGGUGUUCGCUCAGCUCUACACACCCGACCAGGUGUGCCACGGGCUGCACGCUUUCAUUAUGGCGCUGAGAGAUCCCAAGACCCUGCUGGCUCUGCCUGGUGUGGUGGUUGGAGACAUGGGCCUAAAGCUGGGGCAGAACGGACUGGAUAACGGGUUUGCUUUGUUUCAUAACGUGAGGAUCCCUCGGGAGAAUCUACUGAAUAAGACGGGAGAUGUUUCUCCUGAUGGCCGCUACGUUACACUUAUUAAGGACCCCAACAAGCGUCUUGGGGAGUCUCUGGGUGCCCUGUCAGUUGGCAGGGUGUCAAUCACCAGGAUGGCUUUGGUCAACCUGAAGCUUGCUCUGACUGUCGCCAUCCGCUUCUCAGCCACCAGGAGACAGUUUGGACCCAAAAACACAGAGGAGAUUCCUGUGUUGGAGUACCAGUUACAGCAAUGGCGGCUGAUUCCAUACCUGGCAGCAGCGUAUGCUCUUGAACACUUCUCCAAAUCCAUCUUCAUGAACUUUGUUGAGUUCCAGAUUGGACAGAUGAUGAGGGAGAAGAGUGACAGACAAGCAGAGAUAGGCAGGGAGAUCCAUGCCAUAGCAUGCUCCAGUAAACCACUGGGAUCGUGGAGCGCUCAGAGGGGCAUCCAGGAGUGUAGGGAGGCCUGCGGUGGACAUGGAUACCUGGCCAUGAACAGGCUCGGUGAUCUGCGUAAUGACAAUGACCCAAACUGCACAUAUGAAGGAGACAACAACGUCUUGCUGCAACAGACCAGCAACUAUCUGCUCAGCUGGCUCCAUGCUAAACAUCGCGAUGGCGUGCGCAUUGAGUCUCCUCUUCACACUGUGGAUUUCCUGGAUGAUUCCCACACGAUCCUGGAAAGCAGGUUCACAGCGAGAACAAUGGAGGAGUGUAUGGACUCUGCAGUGCCACUGGCAGCCUAUAAGUGGCUGGUGUGUUUCCUGCUGGAAGAGAGCCAGAAGAAGCUGAGGCAGGAGAUGGCCUCGGGAAAGGAUGAGUUUGAGGCCCGUAACGACAGCCAGGUCUACUACUGUCGCUCCCUGGCCAUCGCCUACAUAGAACACUACUGCCUCCAAAGAUUUCAUGAGCUGACUACUGAUACGGACACACCAGCUGCUGGUCUCAGACCUGUUCUAAGCAAGCUGUGUGCCCUGUAUGGGCUGUGGAGCCUCAGCAACCACAUGGCCACCCUCUACCAGGGUAAUUACUUCAGUCGAAGGGAGCCCACAGAGUUUGUCCAGAUGGCCAUUCUCACUCUCUGCUCCCAGCUGAAAGAUGAUGCCGUGGCAUUGGUGGAUGUUUUGGCCCCUACUGAUUUCAUUCUCAACUCACCUAUUGGCAACGCUGAUGGACAGCUUUACAAGAACCUGUGGUCGACAGUGAUGCAGGGCAGCCAGGUGCUGGAACGGCCUUCCUGGUGGAAAGAGUUCUGCUCAGACAAGCCGGUGGUCGGAUCCCUCCGUCCAAAACUCUAGAACCCACUCAACAACCUCCCUCUGCAAAAUUCUAAAUGCAAUUAAAAAUUGAAUGUCCCUACACAUAAUGUCUUGCCAACAAAAGUGUCAAAAAUAUUGUAUACG